UAAACACUGCAACCUCCUUACAAAACAAAACACGAACGCCCUGGCUUGCAAUCUCUUUAAAAAUAAAACGCCCGCUUUCGCGCCAAAAUCCGAACUGUCAAACUUCAAAACAAGCAAGGAAUUGAUUAGUAACGUGAUACAAUAACGUGUUAUCUAGUAUUUUAAAGUAACUGUUAUUUUCGUGGAACAGGGUGGUUCCAAAGUUUUUUUUUUUUUUUGGCGAUUUCGUCGAGGGCGUGAAUGAAAAAUUCAUAGAAUAUAUGUGCAACGAUUAAGGCAAUAAUUUAACUACCAAGAAUAUAACUGUAAAUUCACAACAAUUUAUUGAUUAGUGUUAAUUAUUAGUGACAAAAGCAAUUAAUUGUCAAUUUGUAAUUAUAAUCUGUGAUUGAGUCAAUCGUAAAGUGAUUGAAGUAUAAAUUUUGUGGUAAAGUGAAUUAGGCCUAAACCGAUCAAGUUAAGUCUCAGUGCAUAAAGUGUAGCAGAAGUGGAAAUCAAGAGGCAUUAUCUCGGUAUCAAAAUGGCGUUUGCGGCAGCUCGUAUGAUCCUGAAGGAUAAAAGACGGAAGGCUUCUAAGGAGGACUUCAGGGACCCAAGAAACAGAAGCAAGGCUCGAAACAAACCAGCUGACGGCGGCGGUCAUGUCAAUCAGAAGAAUGCUGCUGGGCAGAAGGCGACCCCGCCCUGUCAAAAGGGGGCCUCAACGAAAGGUGGUCCCAAAACCCCGGUUAAGCCUUCAGCGCAGAAGGGAUCAGCCAAGACCGCUCCCCCGAAGCAGGCGGCGGCGGCUGCUGGUGUCAAGACUCCCCAGGGUAAGAAGAAGAAAGGCCACAAACAUCAGCAGUAUGAACUGAUCGUGACCAUCAAUUUGUCUGAGUACGGGCUCACGGAGGAGCAAGUGGCGGAGUUCAAGGAAGCUUUCAUGCUGUUCGACAAAGAUGAAGACGGAACAAUAACGAUGGCGGAACUUGGCGUCGUGAUGCGCUCUCUCGGGCAGAGACCUUCGGAGACGGAACUACGAGAUAUGGUUAAGGAGGUGGAUCAAGAUGGGAACGGCACAAUCGAGUUCAAUGAGUUCCUCCAGAUGAUGUCCAAGAAGAUGCGCGGAGCUGAUGGAGAAGACGAGCUUAGGGAGGCUUUCAGGGUAUUCGAUAAGAAUAAUGACGGGCUGAUUUCUUCUGUGGAGCUCCGCCACGUGAUGACCAACUUGGGGGAGCGGCUCAGCGAAGAAGAGGUCGACGAUAUGAUCCGCGAGGCUGAUCUCGAUGGCGACGGCAUGGUCAACUACGACGAGUUCGUGACAAUAUUGACUUCGAAAAACUAGUAUGCAGUUAAACCGCCCAGAGAUCUACCCCGACGCCAGUUGACGUACAACGAUUUGUACAAAUACGGGGGGAAAGAAACUCUAAUAUAAAAGUGUUAAGCGUUAUAAUUAAACGUUAUAACGUUAUAACGACGCGACUAGCAGUUCGUUGGCGGUGCUGCUGUACGCCGUUGCGUUACGUAGAUAGCUUGGCGGCAGUGUAUACGUACCUUCAAAUAUUUCGACAGAACGUGUUUUAUUCCUCAAUUAAAAUGGCUAAUUUUAUCUUCAAAAUGAUUAAUAAAAGGUUUCGUUAUUUUUGUUUUAAAUAAAAUGUGGUGAAGAGUGAAAACAAGUUCUACAGUGUCGCUUCGUGGCAACAAUGUAACAGUGUUAGUUUGAUUAUAGUAAUAUUCACAGUAAUAUUUUCAUGGACAUUCAUUGUAAAAGGGUUGUAGAAACAUUAGAUCGAUUUAAAAAAAAAUGUGUACUGAUUUACGCAUGUAAGAAGUUGUACUUCUUUGGCAUAGUUGAAUUAUGUAUGAACUCAACAAACCCCAUUGAAUAAAUUAUAUAAGAAAUAUAUAAAUGAAUUAUAGAUAAAUGAUAAUUGGUUUAUGUUAUGUGCUACGUAGGGCGGGCCAUUUCGUCACACGCUCAUACAAAUUGUUACCUGUUCUUUCAAAGGCGACACAAGAAGUACAACUUCAAAAAAUGUGUUGCUAUUAAUUGAUUAAUGUAUGUCAUUAAAGUCCGCGAAGUUGAUUUAUUGAUUCAUAAUAAAAAAUAUAAUAUAUAUAUAUAUGUAAAAUGCCGGAAGCAGGGUUUUACUGCCCCCUUCUAAAUGCAAUAAUGUUUUACCGAAAAAAGUACCACACUAGAUAGCUAUUAUUAUGUUUGUCAAUGGACUAAUUUUAUUUCAUCACUUCAUAAGGGUUACUCUACUUGCUUAUUCUCUUUUCGGUCUUCACAACCUAUAUACUUACAAAUGUUUAAAAAAAACUCACAAGGGUACAAUGAAACAAAACGAUAACAACGCUUACAGGUUUUAUUCUUGAGUUUUAGACAUUAAUAAAACUGCUGAGAGUGGUGACCAAAAAAAAAUAGGUUAAAUAUUCGUAGCGUGCGUAAUUAUUUAACGAAAAUAAUAAGCACGAAAAUAAGCGUUGAUUUUUUUUUAUAAUGACAUCCUUUUAAAUAGCACCCACUCCUAAGUAAGGCGGUAACAAUGAUUUUAAAACGUUCACAAAUAAAUAAUUAACGACAUUCGGUUGUGUAUUUUUCGUAUUAUGGAAUGAGAAAAAAUAAAAAAAUAAAAAACAAAAAGAAAUAGAUGUCGUACGUAUACACAUGUGUAAUUGUGCAUGCCGUAGUGAAAUGUAUGUGUUUAAGUCGACCUUCUAGAAUGUAGAUACAUCGGUAAUAAUGGAUGGAAAUGUUCAUCAAAAUUCAUCAUUGGUUUUUGCAAAAAUCACCUUUAUAGCGUCGAAUCAAACUCAGUGUGUCUAUGAGAGUAAGGCUGUAUGGGCUUAGAUCCCCUUGCCUUUCCUAAUAAGGAAAAAUUGUACCAAAAAAACAAUGUCUAGGGGAGUCUUCAUAAGGGCUUGUAAUAUUAUAACGAUGCUUUCGAUCGAUAACUUUUAGCAAUUCGUUUACAUUAUCAAUAAUCUGGGCAACGUUUGAAUUUUAGAAUCUUUUUCCAAGCGUGUUUAGAUUCAGCUAAAACAAAAACAUAAAAAAAAUCAUGCUCACCUAAUUAUUGAUCCAUGGGAAUCAACAAAAGGGUUGCAUCAAUUUGAACCGGUUGAACGAAUAAAAUACAGCAUUGUAAUAAAAAUUUCUAAGCGAACAAAUAAAAAAUAGCACGCGAAAUAGCUACAACGCUUUAACUUUUGUUCAACUAGUUGUCAAAAUUCUUUGUAAAAAAUGCAGGUAAAAGUUUCAAUAUGCAUAAAAUUGAUAUUUGAAGCGCGUUGUUUUAUGUUGAAUUUCAAUUAUAACAAGUAUUGUAGUUUCUUAAACUACUUUUAAUAUACAUUAAUCUAAAUAAAAAAGAUAUUAUAAUGUCACAGAAACAUAUUGUGAUGUUUAUUUAUUUACUAGCUGAUCCGGCAGACUUCGUAGUGCCUCAAUCGAUAAAUAAAAGACCUAAGCUUUUGUAUAAAAUAAACUUAAAACGACGACGGACACAUCAAAGGAAAAACAAAAUUGUUAUUUUUAUUUCAUUCCUUUUUCAUUUCAUAUUUAUUUACAUUUUAAACCUUCUCUGGACUUCCACAAAUAAUUCAAGACCAAAAUCAGCCAAAUCGGUCCAGCCGUUCUCGAGUUAACGAACAGCAAUUCAUUUUUAUAUAUAUAGAUAGAUAGAUAUUUUUGCAUAACGUGAGAGAUGUGCUACGUUUUAUCCGGUUAGCAUUUAACUUUAACGACUUUUUUUUCGUUUUAACGUUAUUUAAUUCGAGACUUACAUUUCCCACACGGAAUCCAUUAAGUACGAAUGUAUCUACAUUAAACUGGGGUGAUAGUCUAAUAAAGUUUAUGUUAGUCUUCCAAGCGAAGGACGGCUGAGUGAUGAGCCAAAUGAAGUUCAUUAUUGUAACGAAUAAUAAAUAAUAUAUUGAAUAAAUAUAUUGAACUGUAUUAUGUAAUAGGCGUGAUUUUUUCAUUUUAUUACGAUUUUUAAAAGUGUUAUGAUAGUCGUACAUAUGUCUGUAGACAUGAAGUUUAUUUCAUAAUGGGUAAUGUAUCAUAAUCAAUGCUAGUUUAAAAGGCUAGCAUGUUCUUAAUUACUGGCAAAACCAGAGUUUUAAUUCCAACACAAAAAAAAAAGUUUCAAUAUUUCAUUUCAAACCGAGGUAGCAUCUCUAUAUUAUAAAUAUCGGUUGUAAAAUUGUAUGCUAUUGCGAAAAUUUCACAGAAAUAUCUAAUAAAAGCAGAGGAAAAUUAUUUACAUAUAACAUUUAUUUAAAUAUAGCAGCCAGGAUUUAGCAUGCUUAAUCCAUGACCAUAUUUUUAAGACUAUACAUAAUAUGUAUGUAUGUCUCGAUCCAAUAUCAUUAGUUUACAAAAUAAUCGUGAAGACUUUUAAAGUAAAUUUUAAAAUAUUAGAAUUUUAAUUUUCAGUUUAGACACCCUUUCCUCACCUAAAUUUCAUAGUCUAUGUAAUGGACACGAAAUCAUAUUUCGUCUUAUAAAAAUCUUAAUGCUAUUUUUUAUUUAGCACCUAAUAUUUAACGAAACUUUUCACUGCACUCAAUUCUUAGGGGUGUAACAGUAUAUAUCUGUUCUAAAAUAGCGGAUCAUAACAAUUAUGAUUUUGUUUACGAUUUGAAUUUAAAUCUUAUUCUUAAUCUUAUCUUAAGGGUGUUUAUGACCAUCGCAUUAGACAUUGAUAAUGCUAUAAGCGUUGAUAAGGUUUAAUUUGUUUGCUUAUCUGUCAGUGAAAAUAAUUUAAAAAAUAAUCUAAGCGCUAUAGCAUGGUCUUCGUUAAACGAAGCUAUAGAAGAUUCCUCUACGGUAGCUCGCGACUUGGCUGUGCUACUGACAUUGUCUUUUCAUACAUUUUUUACUGCUGGUAGGACGUGUUUUGAGUCCGCACGGGUAGGUACCACCACCUUGCCUAUUUCUGCCGUGAAGCAGUAAUGCGUUUCGGUUUGAAGGGUGGGGCAGCCGUUGUAACCUUCAUGAUACCUUAGAACUUGUAUCUCAAGGUGGGUGGCGCAUUUACGUUGUAGAUGUCUAUGGGCUCCAGUAACCACUUAACACCAGGUGGGCUGUGAGCUCGUCCACCCAUCUAAGCGAUAAAAAAAUUUACACAGCUCGCGUUUAACCAGAUUCCGUCACUAAAACAAAAAUAUAUGAAGUAUCGAUUUCAUUAAAAGAACGUCAUUUCAAAUCGAAGCCACAAUUAAUUAACAAUAGAAAUAAGCAGCCUGCUAAAGCAUACUAGUGAUGUGAAGAAACUGUAUGCUAUAAUUUAUAAUAAACAAUAUAACGUUUGGAUCAUUGUUAAAAAAAAAACGUUAACUUAUUUUGAAAAUAUCAUAUCUAAAAAAUAUAUGUAUUUUAUCCUAGAUUUAUUAUUUACAUUAAAAAUUACGUAUUGUGAACCGAUAUAUAUAUAUACUUUCAUAAUACAGGUUGGCAUUUUUAGAAAAUACACAUAAUAUACAUUUAAGUUGAUUAGAUUCAAAGGUUCUAAACGAACUAUUCUAUUAAUCUAAAAACAAUUGUCUCGGAAUUUCCAUUAAAAAGUUUUGUAUCUAUAGCCCAUUUUGGAUGGACAUUUCACUUGGAAUAAUCAACGUUCACAAAACGAACACACAAAAGACUUUUGAAUGUAAUCGACUCAAACAAAAGUAUGAGAAGCCUAAUUUAAUACUCAAACUUUUUGCGAAUCGACUUGUCAGCUAAAUAAUGCGGACGAGUUGCAAAAAAAAAACAAAAACAAUUUAAAUAAGUACGGUUCGAAAAAAAGAAUGUAUUGUUGUCAGUAGCUAUAAUAUGUGUUAGGAAUUCGAUGUACUUAGAUGGUUAUACAGGCUUCGUUUAAAGAGAAUGGUUUUAAUAAAAAUGAAAUAUGAA